UUCAUGUUACCCCGCCCCCUCCAGCGCUCUUAUAGAGCUUUCCCGCGCUUGUCGUCUCCUCUGCGACACACCCUUCCCCUCACACGCCAAUUGCACCACAAUUUCCUCCCCCGCAGACUCGUUCUCACGCCGCCACGAAAAGCGUACACCACGCCCACCAUGGCGCUCAACGCCUCGAGCCACAACGUCACCGGCGACAAGACAGCCCCAAACACCACCCCUCCGCCGGCCGUGGGUGGCGACAGUGUCAAGGACAUCUUGGAGCACGCCAGCAACGAGCCCACGGGGCAAUCGGCACCCGGCGUUGACGGUGGGGAGAAGAACCCCGAGAAGAAGGUCAAGACCGAGAAAGAACUGGAGAAGGAGCGCAAAAAGGCCGAAAAGGACGCCAAAUUCAAGGCCAAAAAGGCGGCCCAGGCUGCUGCCAAAGGUGGAUCUGAGGGCGCGGCUAGCAAGGAGAAGAAGAAGCCCAAGGUGGAAAAGGAGGUGCUGCCCGAGUAUGUCGAGGAGACUCCCAAGGGCGAGAAGAAGAUUCUCAAGAGCCUCGACGACAAGGAGAGGACAGCAUACAUCCCCAAAAUCGUCGAGAGCGCAUGGUACGAUUGGUGGGAGAAGGAGGGCUUCUUCAAACCUGAAUAUACUACCCCGCAGUUGAAGGAUGGCAAAGUCAACGAAAAAGGAACCUUCGUUAUCCCGAUUCCACCCCCGAACGUCACCGGAAAGCUCCAUUGCGGACAUGCCCUUGCCACAGCGCUUCAGGAUGUCAUGAUUCGGUGGCAUCGCCAGCGGGGAUUCACCACCCUAUACCUACCCGGUUGCGAUCACGCUGGUAUUUCAACACAGAGUGUUGUGGAGAACAUGCUAUGGCGACGCGAAAAGAAGACGAGAUACGAUCUCGGACGACCAGCCUUUCUGGAGCGAACAAUGGAAUGGAAAGAAGAAUACCACGGCUCCAUUACAGGUGUGCUGAAGCGAAUGGGUGGCAGCUUCGAUUGGACUAGAGAAGCAUUCACCAUGGACAAGAACCUUUCGGCUGCUGUAACAGAGACAUUCGUCCGGCUCCACGAAGAAGGAUUGAUCUACAGGUCUAACCGGCUUGUCAAUUGGUGCACGCGGUUGAAUACGGCCUUGUCCAACUUGGAGGUCGACAACAAAGAGCUCACUGGCAGGACACUGCUAGAUGUCCCUGGAUACGAGAGAAAAGUCGAAUUUGGUGUGCUCACGCACUUCAGGUAUCCGAUUGAAGGGACCGACGAGCACAUCGAGGUCGCUACAACACGUCCCGAGACAUUGCUAGGUGACACGGGUGUUGCCGUGCACCCCGACGACGAGCGAUACAAACACCUCGUCGGAAAGAAGGCCUACCACCCCAUCACAAAACGUCUAAUGCCAAUCGUUGCUGACGACUAUGUCGACAAGGACUUCGGUACUGGUGCCGUGAAGCUCACCCCGGCCCAUGAUCCCAACGAUUUCAAUUUGGGCAAGAAACACAACCUAGAGUUUAUCAACAUUCUCACCGAUGACGGCAAAAUGAACAAGAACGCUGGAGAAUUCGAGGGGCAGCGCCGAUUCGACGUGCGGUACAGUGUCGUACAGAAGCUCAAGGAUCUCGGUCUCUUCGUCAAGACGGAGGAUAACCCCAUGAAGGUUCCUCUGUGCAGCAAAUCAAAGGACGUCAUCGAGCCUCUCAUGAAGCCGCAAUGGUGGAUGAAGAUGGAAGGCAUGGCCAAGGAGGCUAUCAAGGUUGUUGAGAACGGCGAGAUCAAAAUCCGACCCGAGUCAUCGGAGAAGGUAUACAUGCACUGGAUGAACAACAUCAACGAUUGGUGUCUGUCAAGACAGCUGUGGUGGGGCCACCAGAUCCCGGCUUAUUUCGUCAGAAUAGAAGGUGAAGACGGUGAAGCUUCGGAUAACGAGCUGUGGAUCACCGCCCGAACCGAAGAGGAGGCCAACAAGAAGGCCAGCGAAAAAUUCCCUGGAAAGAAGUUCACUUUGGAGCGGGAUGAGGACGUCCUUGAUACCUGGUUCUCCUCUGGUCUUUGGCCAUUUUCUACCCUUGGAUGGCCAAAUGAUACUGUCGAUCUGCGGACAUUGUUCCCGGCGACUGUUCUCGAGACUGGAUGGGAUAUUCUCUUUUUCUGGGUCGCCAGGAUGAUUAUGCUCUCGCUACACCUCACAGGCAAAAUUCCUUUUAAGGAGGUUUACUGCCAUUCGCUUAUUCGCGACAACGAAGGCCGCAAGAUGAGCAAGUCGCUCGGUAACGUUGUCGACCCUAUCGAUAUCAUGCAGGGUAUCUCGUUGAAGGAACUCAAUGAGAAGCUCAAGAUCGGUAACCUUGAUCCCAAGGAGCUCAAGAAAGCCGAACAGUAUCAAAAAUCAGCAUUUGCUCAAGGUAUUCCUGAGUGUGGUGCUGAUGCUCUACGCAUGGCUUUAGUCGGUUACACGACAGGCGGCGGCGAUAUUGCGUUCGACGUCAACGUCAUCCACGGAUACAGACGCUUCUGCAACAAAAUUUAUCAGGCUACAAAAUUCUCUCUUGUCCGACUAGGUGAAUUCAAACCCCGUGGUACCGUUUCCAAGUCUGGGAAGGAGACUCUACCCGAACGGUGGAUUCUGCACAAGCUUUCGACUACCUCCAAGAAGAUCAACGAGCAUCUAGAAAAGCGUGAGUUCUCACUGUCAACGCAGGUCGCCUACAAAUACUUCUAUGGUUUCCUUUGCGACACCUACAUUGAGAAUUCCAAGGCGAUCUUCGAUGAAGGAACUGAGGAGGAGAAGGAAAGCGCAAAACAGACCCUCUACACUGCCAUUGAGGGCGGCUUGUUGAUGAUUCACCCCUUCAUGCCCUUCUUGACAGAAGAACUUUGGCAGCGUUUACCCAGGAGGGAGAACGACAAGACUCCUUCCAUUACGGUCGCGUCAUAUCCCGAGUUCAGAGAAGACUUUAUCGACGAAGCUGCCGAAGAAGAGUAUGAACUUCUUGUCGGUUGCACUGAGGGUCUCCGAUCCCUUACCAGCGAGUACGCUAUCAAGGAAUCCGGGUCCACCUUCAUCCAGGCUCUCGACUCCGCAUCAUACGAUGUUCUUUCUUCGCCGAGUGCUCUCCCGUCUUUGCGAUCGCUUGCUGGCAAGACCGUUUCUUCUAUCAAAAUCUUGUCCCCCAGUGACCCCGCGCCAUCCGGAUGUGCCGUGUACACCAUCGGCACCUCAGCGAUUGGUUUCUUAGACAUCAAGGGUCGUGUCGAUGUCGACAAGGAGAUCAGCAAAGCGCAGGACCGAAUCAAGAAGGCCAACGAGAUUGUGGAGAGGCAGAAGAAGAUCAUGGACGAUGCGUGGGAGGCCAAAGUCAGUGAGGCAGUCAAGGAGCAGGAGAAGGAGAAACUCAAGGCUGCCGAGCUGGACGGCGCGAAUUGGCAGAAGACUCUAGAGCAGUUCGAACGGUUGAAAAUUUCGUAG